AUGGAUCCUCAGCCCCAUCAAAAGCGGAGCCACCAGCCGCCGAUGGAGUUGCCGCCGCCGCUCAUGCCUUGGGCGUCUCUCGCUGCGUUCCUUCUGCCGAGGCGGGGAAAGACCUGGCAGCCGGGUUCGCCUCCACCUCUCCCGGUUGACGACACCUCUCGCCGGCUCCUGCCCUGGGCCAGGCCCCUCCCUCCUCAGCCACCCCUCUCAGCAAAGCCCUCUGGGUUCGCUGCGCCCCCGGCAUUCUCACCAGGGGAGGCUGCUGCUCGGCCAGCUGCGUCUCCACCCGGCCCUCGGAGUUUGAUUGACCCCGAGAGCGCGCCGCAGACGUCCAGGCUUGUCCCCGGGCUUCGUCCUCCGAACACGUCGGACUCCAAAGCCGCCAGAGACCCUCCUCCCAACCCCGUCUCCAUCAGCCACCUGACAACCGGGGCUGCCUUGGAGACGCUCCUCCGGACGGCAGCCAGGAGCAGCGAGGCUGGCGCGUCCCCACCGCAAGGAUUGCCCGUUGUUUUCCCGGAACCCGCGUCGCCGUCGCCGCCGCCGCCGUCGGUGGGAAGGCCAGAGCCUGGGAUGACGGCUGAGAGCCCCCAAUCGUCAACGUGCGCGGCGGGCCCUGCAGACACCGAAGGCGGGCCCGGGCCCAGGUUGCCCGCGCUGGUGAAGGUGGAGCCGGCCCCUCCGGGAGAGGCCUUGGAGCCGGAGCCGUCGGAAGAAGAGGCGGCCGCGCUGGGGGGAUCGCGGCCUGCCGGGCGCCGCAGGAAGCGGCCGGUGCAGCGCGGGAAGCCGCCCUACAGCUACAUCGCGCUCAUCGCCAUGGCCAUCGCGCACGCCCCGGAGCGGCGCUUGACGCUGGGCGGCAUCUACCGCUUCAUCACCGAGCGCUUCCCGUUCUACCGCGACGGCCCCCGCAAGUGGCAGAACAGCAUCCGCCACAACCUCACGCUCAACGACUGCUUCGUCAAGGUGCCCCGAGAGCCCGGCCGGCCGGGCAAAGGCAGCUACUGGGCCCUCGACCCGCACGCCCGGGACAUGUUCGAGAGCGGCAGCUUCUUGCGCCGCAGGAAGCGCUUCAAGCGCAGCGACCUCUCCACUUACCCGGCCUACAUGCACGAAGCGCAGGCCCAGCCCGUCGGGCCUCCCCUGAGCACGGCCUACGCGCCUCCCGCUGCCCUCUGCUACCCGUCCCAGCCGCCCCUGUUCAGCCUGGGGCCCCUCAUGGCGCAGCCGAGCCCCGAACUGGCCCAGCAACAUAGCCCGGACGUCACACCCUCUCCUGGCAACGCCUGCUCCUUCGCGGGACCCGCGGCCUACCCCAGCCAAGGCUGCGCGGCAGGCCCAGGCCUCCCCAGGCCCCACAAUGCCAUGCCCUAUUCCUACCCGCUCCCCAGCGCCCAGCAGCUCCAAGUGAACCAAGGCUCUUACUCUCAGAGCAGCAGCAGCAACCACCUCUUUGGGGCUUCUGCCCGCCUAGGGAUGCCUACCUCGCCCCCACUCAGCAAUGACACUAUGGAUUUCUAUGGCAGGAUGUCGCCUAGCUCCUACAGUUCCUUGGCCCAUGGGUACAAUGCCAGUGGGCAGCUCAGCGGCCCCAGUGCCUACCUGCGGCAUGCCACCUAUUCCAGCAAUAUGGAAAGAUUUGUUUCUGCCAUCUGA